GCCGCCCGGGGCGCAUGUGCCGACGUACGAGUACAAACACGAGUGUUUUUACAGACACCCGCAUUCUGAACAAGUGCAUCUAGUUUCAUAGCUAAUGCUGUUUUGGUGUCAUUUUUUUGCUGGAGAGUGCCACUAUUUUUGAUGUGUGGUUCCUGGCGCGUCCUUCCGUAGAGGGAAAAAUAAAAAAUAGUACUUCGAAGGGUGAGUCGACAAAGCGAGACACACGCACACUACUACGCACGCGGCCACUAGAAUCGACACAAUCUUGAACUAACAACUGUUGCUGUGUAAAGACUUUUUCAUCUUGCUCAAAAAUGGUCUUGAAAUGUGCCGCUUGUGGGAAAUUUAUGCCCAAAGACCCUGCUGAGGGGGCCGCUUGUAUAGGAUGCCAGAGCUCAUAUCACCUAGCAUGCGUUGGUAUACAAGAUAAGAAUAAGAUCGUAGCAGGUUGGGCAUGCCCCGAGUGUAAAGCUAAAGUUCCAAGGAAAAAUAACGAUGACACACCGAUUAAAAUCAGCUCGGAGCGUGAUUUGGCUUGUGCGGCCGACCAAAGUCCAUGCAUGUCGCCUAAUGACACCGCGCAUGACAUUACGGCUGAUUUCUCGGUGGCCGAAGAAUUAAAGUUGUUCCGUGAAGUACUUAGGGAGGAAUUGAGUAGCUUGCGUAAUGAGAUGCAGGGGAUCAAGCGGGAACUAUCUAAUGUCUCAUCCUCAUUGCUGCAAUGUAAUAAGCGAAUUGACGACUUAGAAUCCAGCGUUACUCGUGUGGAAAAGCAAUUUAGCAAGCAAAUUGAUGACCUGGAGUCCAGAAUUGUCUCGGUAGAAAGCCAACCAAAAGAGCGAAACGGCACCGAUUCUACGGCUGUGGAGGCAAUGAUUGUACAAUUAAAAGCUGAGCUCAACGACCGCGACCAGGAACUUCUGCUGAACGAUGUUGAUAUCACGGGUAUCCCAGAGGAGAAGGGGGAGAACGUGCUCCAUGUCACAACGCUGGUCGCGGCCAAAAUAGGUAUCACACUAAAGGAAAGUGACAUAGUACGAGCUGAGCGGGUGGGCCCCGUGCGUGCAGGCCGCGACGCGCGUGGAGGCCGCGACGAAGUGACCGCGCGCCCGAUCGUCGUGCGACUGGCGAGGCGCGCGCUGCGUGAUGACUUGCUGCGAGCGGCCCGAGUGCGCAGAGAGGCCACCACAGCUGACCUGAGCCUCCCCGGUCCUGUGCGACGUUUUUACAUCAAUGAACGCCUGACGAAAAAUAAUAGACAACUGUUUAAUAAAGCGCGAGCUGCAGCUAAGAGUUGUAAAUGGAAAUUUAUAUGGAGUCGAGACGGACGUAUCUACGCGAGAAAAAACGAAGGACAAUCUGGAGUGCGGAUUAGGUCAGAUCAGGACAUUUUGCGUAUUUUUGGUUCAGAAAAUAUUGGUCCAAAUGUUUAAUCAGUGUAUUUGUGAUAGUGUCAUGCCACAAAAAAACUACAGCAAACGAUUAAGUGUAUAUCAAGAAAAAUGCGCUAAUAGAAUAAGUAAGGAAAUGGUUACGUGUAUAUAUGCUAAAGGUUAUAAUAAUAUAAUGAAAGUAAUUGUAAUUUUAUAUGUUUCCCUUCCAGCUUGCAGUAAUUAUAUUAAGUCCAUUGUUGUGAGUUUUAGUAGGAAUUCUAAUUACUCAAUCCGUCCAGAGCGAGGCUGCCAUAGUUCAAUAGGUGCCAAUAAAAUUACACCUCAUACGGUCUAUAACUGUAUAGUACUAAUACAGGUAUCGCAGGCUCAUACUAAAUGGUUAUUCUUUUUAGUAUCAGGUUCUCAAUACAUAUUGUUUUUUAUU